UCAUCUUGUUGCUGUUGCUGUGCUGUUUUGAUGCUGCUGCUUGUUUUUUUUCUUGAAUUUCUUGAUUGAAUAACAGCGGCUUCUCAGUUAUUUGUGACUACUUAAAUCUUUUUAGCCAGAAAUUGUUGAUAAUGCCAGCAUCAGUCGACAUUAUUAAUUAAGGAAUAUGACUAAUAUCUUCUAAAACCGCGUCAAUCAUGGAGUUUUUACUGCACUCAGAGAGUGACCACGACGCCAAACCUUUUGUGACCACUGUGCCGAUAAAAGGAGAACCAAAGUAUGAGACCGAGGAUCUUACCGGACCAAAGACUUCCCGUCCGGACCUGUACGAUGUACAUGUCAAGGUUGAACCUUUAGAAAAUUUAGACAUAGAAGUGGCAUGUCUAACAGAGGGAACUAUUAAGAAAGAAUCAAUAAUAGUUGAUGCAGAAUUUGAAGCUACUGAAGAUAGUAAUAUUGUUACUAUUCAUGGUAGCCAGAUAGAAGUAUGUAUUACCAAGGAAUCAUGCUCAAGUCCAACUCUGGAUGAAUUUGUUAUUAACAAAGAUUUUCUUAAAUGCAGAAUCUGCCAGAAAAUAUUUGACAAUAAUUCAAGUCUUACUAGGCACAUGCUUACUCAUAAUAUAGAUAAACCUACCUUAAAGAAAAAAGGAAAGAAAAAUAAAGAAAUUAUUACUUGUAAAAAUUGCCGCAUGCAGUUUACAAGUUCCCAUACUUAUUCUAAACACAGGCAAACACAUGUUUUUGAGAAGCCAUUUAAAUGUGAAUUCUGUGAAAAGGCAUUCAACUCGAAAUAUUUACUAACAAAUCAUGAGCGGACCCAUACUGGGGAAAAACCUUUUUCUUGUGAUCUUUGCGAUAAGAGGUUUACAGAAAAAGUAAAUCUAAAUAGACACAAAAAAAGUCACUCAGGAGCCAAGCCGUACCGCUGUAAUGUGUGCUCAAAUAGUUUCACUUGUAAACAGAAUUUAGAGGUACAUAUGAUAUGCUCACAUACAGAUGAAAAACAGUGGGAAUUUACAUGCCAAUUUUGUAAUAUGCGGAGGCCUAAUAAGAAUGAAUUGAGGAGACACCUAAGAACCCACACCGGGGAAAGACCUUAUUCAUGUGACAUUUGUAAAAAAAGUUUUAAGCGCAAGUAUUAUUUAGUCCGCCAUAUACGAGCCCACAAUAAUGAGAGACCUUUUGCAUGCGAAAUUUGUAAUAAAAGGUUUGUAGAUAAACAAGAGUGCAACAAGCAUUUAAAAAUUCACAUGACUAAAAAUAAAUAAUUGAUUUUAUGUUUUAUGCAAUCAAAGCUACACAUAUUUUUGGUCAAUUUAAAUAGAUAGAUAUAAAAGAAAUGGCUCCAUAAAAAACAAUUUUGAUUACAGAUAGAGGAAAAAAAGAGGCAGUCUUAUUGUUAAGAAGUGAUCUCAAACAACCUUUAGGACAAGUUACUAUAUUGUUUUUGUAAUUUUUGAGCUGGUGGUAAAUGAAUAUUUACCUUAAGUUUUAAGCAAAAGGAUUGAAAUUGUAAUAAAGAAGCCGUCAGUUUGUUAACUUCAACUACACACACUACUACAGUUUGUUGUCUAGGUAACAUGUUGUGUAUGUAACAUAUAUAACAAACUCGAGACUACUCAGACUCAUGCAUGAUAUUAGCGGGUCUACCGCGACAGACACUCGUAGUCUAUGUCUAACAAAUAUGUUAGAAAGAAGGCAAACAGCAAUUGCUGGUCCAAUGUCGGUAUCAAACGCGAGUGUUUAAUAAAUGUUUUAAAUGAA